GGCGCCACAAUAUAAAAGUCCCGCAGUGGUCCCCACACUUUAACGCCGAUCCUUUCCAGCUAACGUCACCCCUAAAGCGAGGCGAGAACGGUGUGGAUUUAGAAAGGUGUCGGUCUGUGCACUGCUGAGCAAUUGUUCCGUUAUUGAUUGGCAGGAUGAAGGAGAGACGUCUCCCGCAGCCUUUUGUGACGCGGUGUAAACUAGUGCUGGUUGGAGAUGUCCAAUGCGGUAAAACAGCCAUGCUACAAGUCCUGGCGAAGGAUUGCUACCCAGAGACAUAUGUCCCGACUGUGUUUGAGAACUACACUGCCUGUAUGGAACUUGACGGCCAGCGUGUUGAGCUGAGUCUUUGGGACACAUCAGGUUCCCCGUACUACAACAAUGUCCGGCCCCUCUGCUACAGUGAUUCCGAUGCAGUCCUCUUAUGCUUUGACAUCAGCAGACCAGACACAAUAGACAACGCGCUAAAGAAGUGGAAAGCAGAGAUCCAGGACUUCUGUCCCAGCACACGGAUCCUGCUAAUAGGCUGCAAGGCAGACCUGCGCACAGAUGUCUGUACACGCAUGGAGCUGUCUAGUCAGAAACAGACGCCAAUCACCCAUGAGCAAGGUUGUUCCUGGGCCAAGCAGCUUGGAGCUGAGGCGUACCUGGAGUGUUCAGCCUUCACGUCAGAGAAAAGCAUCCAUAGUGUAUUUCGUGCGGCGGCCCUGACCUGCAUGGACAAACUUCAACCUGCAAACAAGCCCAGUCCAGUCCGCCGACUCUCCAAAAGACUCCUACACCUGCCCAGCAAGACAGAGCUCCUCUCCUCCACUUUCAGCAAGGAGAAGUCAAAGAGCUGCACCAUCAUGUGAACACAAUGCGGUUGCACACGAGGACAAGUAUUCUGCAAUGAUGUGGAUUUCAAAUCCGCUAUACUCGCUUCACCGCAAACACACUGUCAUUUCUCCCCCUAUAUUCAACGGCGACAGGCUGAAAAUGAUCAACAAGUUCCCCAUGAAUCGACUGUAAAUCAUGCAUACUGUAUGUGCAAAUGUAGAGGCCAUAGACUCCUUGCACAAAGGUUGUUGUAAGGAAGGUCAUCCAAGAUUUUAAUGAGUGAGGGGAAUGCUGCAUUUGAACACAUCACCUUCAUUAUCACCCAUUUGAAAUUCUACUAGUGGCGCAGUAUCCAUCCGUCUGCCUGGAAGUGUCGAUAUACUGUGCACUCACUGGACACGUUAUUAAGUACAGCUGCACAUUGUAAUGAGACUCAUUAUCAAAUUAUAAUGUCAUUUCUUGGGUUGUGCAGGUGUACCUAAUGAUUUGGCCGUUGCGUGUGACAAACGGUAAUGUGUUUUACAACUGCUUGCCCCUUGGCGGGAUCUGCAUUUUCCUUGGCACCAUGGGGCACAUUGAAGCUGCAGUUUGAGAACACUCUAGAACAGCAGUCCUUGAAGAAACGAUUCCCUUGCUGUCCUCGUACUGUUUUUCAUUUGGAUUAAAGCUGACAGUGGAGGAAGCAGCAGCGAGGGGGGGGCGAUAUGGCAAGAAAUAGUGUUCAUUCUCAACGGAAUGGGAGGAUGAAGUCAAGGGACACAAUAUAUAAUAAUAACAGCUCUCACACGAGUCCCCUAGUGUAGAUGUGAGCCAUGCGAAAACGUCAUUUAUUGUCGCAGCAAUAGCGUGAUACACAUUAGUGGUAUAACAUGAACACCGAAUGCUUCAUCUCAAGACCCCUGCCAUCCAUUCCCUUUUGCACAGUUGUAGUUAAGUUUCACAUGGUCCUUGAUGUGAACCUGGUACCUGGUUAUGCAAUCUGCCUGCCUUGCUAGCAUUAACACAAAUGUCCUGAGGUGAUGCUGUGUAACAAGGGGGAGCGGAAUCACACAAACAGGCUGGUCCUGUCUGGGAAGAUGAUAGUGUCAUCCGCUUCUUCUUUACAAUUUUCUUUUCAAGUUGCCCUCAAAGACAUUUCCAUUUGUAACAUAAAAUGUACUGUGUGGAUGUAGCUUACAGCUACCCUUACUAUUGCUGUUGAUGUGUUCACUUGAGCAUUAGUGUCUGUUGACAGCUCAGCUAAUGGAGGACUUGAUGAUUUGUAGGUUUGCACCAAGAAGACCGGCGUUGUCUGGUAAUAGAGAACACUGGAAUUUAGCAUGUUGCCUAGCAACAGUGGAGCAGGGUUAGGCGUAAGCGCAGAGAUGGAGGGAUGGCUCUCGGAGAGGGGCGCCUCACCUUUCAUUUGUAGCAUUAAACAGAAGCCACAGCCGAGGUGACAGCCAGCUCAUUGUCUGCUUCGAAAGGCACCAGUCAGUAGCAGCCAAGGGAAGUGGGAACGCCCUCUAAAAUUCACCCGUAGCUCUAUUGAUGAUAUUUCUUCUGAGAGCAAUUCAGUUUCCCAAACACAAUGUUUUCUCCCUUGCUCAAUUUUUGUACAUACCUUUUCUUGCCUGUUAUAAAGCAAAAGUAUUUGUGUGAACUUUCCAAAAAUGGCUUAAAUUAUUGACUCAAUUCUGUAUAUGCUAUUGCCAUACAGUACACUAUUUUCAUCUUCAAAACUUUAUUCAAAUAAAAAUAUUCAAAGUUCAUUUUCUUGCCAAAGUGUAUUUCUGUGUAAAAACUCCAAAUGUGUAUAAGUGAUAUAACGUUAUUAAAAUUGUGGGAGAUUUAUUUUAUUCUUGAAGCACCUUUUUAAUCAAAUUGGAGCAAAAGAUUAUUUGGGUAAUCUAAUUCAAGGCACCGAAGAGAAAAGCAAUGAUAGCAGUGUUAUGUCUAUUUUGUCUCAAGCAAAAAACUGAUAAUAUAUCCUUCUUCCCAGGUCAA